AUGAGUGCAGCAGACCUGGUCCUCCUGGGGCUUGCUCUGAGGUUUAUGGCCACUCCUGCUCAGCCAGAGGAGGGCAGCGUUUGCUCUAAGAGCCAAGUGACUUUCAGAGACUCUUGCUAUUAAUUUGUGCCUUUUGGCCGCUCUUUCUAUGGUGCCCAGAACUGGUGUGAGGAGCAAGGAGGCCAUUUGGUCUUUAUUCACGAUGAAGGCACCCAGCAGUUUCUGCAGAAGCACGUCUCUCAGGACAGAGAAUGGUGGAUUGGACUCACAGGGAACUCGGCUCAGAAUGGAACCGCAGAAGGGCCGGGGAUCUGGCUGGAUACCUCAAAUGUGGACUACAGCCACUGGCACCGAGGGCAGGCCUCUCCUGCUCCCAACACCUGGGGCUACAUCGGGAGAGACCCUUCUGCCAGGUGGGCUGCCUCAAACAACUGCACACAGCUGUUCGCCUUCAUCUGCGAAUUUGGUGUCGGCCAGAGUCUGGCCUGCGAGGGCCACGAUGCCACCAUGCACUGUGGCUCAGGGGAGGUCAUUCAGAUCCAGGAUGCUUUCUACAGGCGCCAGACUCCCCAUUAUUGCACCCAGGACGCUGGGAGCCCCUUGGACCUGGAGGAGGAAUGCAGCUGGGUCAGCGUCAAGGAUGAAGUGGCAGGACAGUGCCAGGGCCUGCAGGCAUGCCAGGAGGCAGCAAAUGGAACCUUCUUUGGAGACCUGUGCCCCACCCGGGGCAGCUACCUCUGGGUGCAGUACCAGUGUUGGGAAGGCCUGUAGCUAACGGUGUCCAAUGAGAGUUUCAUCUUCGGUAAUGUCACCAUCUCCCUGAUGUGGCUCCUCUCUCCCUACACUGGAAAUCUGUCCUGUAUCAUUAUCACAGGGGAUGGCCACACUUUUGAUCCCUAUUACCCCCCCCCUUUGUCCAGCAAAGUGAUCCACCAAUUCACAUCCCCUGGGGAAUUCACUGUGUUUGCUGAGUGCACAACUAGUGAGUGGCAUGUGACAGCUCAGAAGCAAGUGACAAUUCGAGACAAGAUGAAGAGACUCAGUGUGACUGGGUGCUCUGGCCUGUCCAAAUCAGGAGCCAGCCCUCUCUGCCAGGUUGUCUUCGAGUAUACUAUGUGGAUUCAGGUGGAGCUCAAUGGAGGUGAGUCUGUGACUUACACUGUGCUAUCGGAUAACACAACCCUGGCUGAGUCCACCACACAGCAGGCCCUGCUCCCCUACAACCUCACCCUGGACAGAGCAGCCCAGCAGGAGAUGGGCCCAGGGAUGCACCACCUGGAGAUCCAAGCCACCAGCAACACCACCACCUCUGCACCCUCCACAAACAUCACGGUCCACUUCAUGAAACCUCUGCCAGGGCUACAGGCCUCCUGGGCUUCUGACCACUUGGAGGUUGGACAGGAUCUACUGAUCAAGAUCUCAGUGGCUCAUGGCAUUCCAGAAGAGCUGACCUUUGAGGUAGCAGGACUCAAUACAUCCUUCUCCCACGAGGAAGAGAGUCUUGGGUGGCCAUCUAGGAUUUACCAUGUGGUAGUUCCUCUUGAAGGUACUUGGGAUUGUCUUCUCCCCACAAGAAAAAUAGACUUGGAUGACUCCAGUGAUGAAGAGGAUGAGGAGGAAGGCAAGGGAACAGCUCCUUCCAGUCUCCAAGAACCAUCUGGAACAAACACUGAGGAAAAGAAUGUGAAGGUCACAGUACUGGAGGACAAUGAUCGCUUUGCCCAGUACCACUACCUGGUGACAGUCUACAUGGGACAUCGGAGAGGGCCAGCUCCUUCCUCAAAGGUGACUAUAACCCUAUAUGGCCUGGAUGGAGAGAGUGAGCCCCACCACCUGUCAGACCCUAACAUUCCAGUUUUUGAACGAGGAGGAGUGAAUGUGUUCUUAUUCUCCACCCUGUUCCCCCUGGGGGAACUGAGGAGCCUGCGGCUGUAGCAUGACAACUCAGGGGACUGGCCAUCCUGGUACAUGAGCCAGGUGCUGGUGCAUGACCUGGCGAUGGGCAGGAAGUGGUAUUUCCUCUGCAAUUCGUGGCUGUCCAUUGAUGUCGGAGACUGUGUCCUUGACAAAGUAUUUCCAGUGGCCACAGAGCAGGACAGGAAACAAUUCAGCCACCUGUUCUUCAUGAAGACCUCCAUAGGCUUCCAGGACAGACACAUUUGGUAUUCCAUCUUCAGCUGCUCAGCUCGGAGCAACUUCACCCGCGUCCAGAGGGUGUCCUGCUGCUUCUCCCUGCUCCUCUGCACCAUGCUGACCAGCAUCAUGUUUUGGGGUGUUUCCAAGGACCCAGCUGAGCAAAAAAUGGACUUGGGUAAAAUUGAAUUUACUUGGCAAGAAGUGAUGACUGGGCUGGAGAGCUCUCUCCUCAUGUUCCCCAUCAACCUCCUGAUUGUUCAGAUCUUUCGAAACACCCGACCUCGGGUCACUAAGGAGCAGAACACUGGGAAAGGUGACAGGGGGUCUCCCAGUCCAACCCCCUCACCACAGCCCCUGGAGGAUGGCCUUCUGACACCUGAAAUGGUGACCAAGGUAUGUUCUCAACUUGUCAGCUCCCUGUAUAAAGUUCUGAAAAUGCCAUCCCCUGCCUCAGGCUGGGACUCGGCAAACUUGAUGGACAUCAACCAACUGCUGGCCUUGCUGGAAGACAUCAUCUGUCUGCAGAACAUGGCAGGGCAGAUGUUUUGGGAAGAAGCCAAACAGAGAGAGGACCCGUUAAUACUCACUCUUGGAACAGAGCAAGUGAGAGAAAAAAUUCCAUACCUGACACAUGAGGUGGGCGCAAGUGAUCCAUGGAAGAACAGUGUGUACAGGCAGUGUCUCUACCUUCAGCUGGAGGAUGUGGAACAAGAACUGCGGCUGGUAGGGCCCCGAGGCUUCCCCCACUGCCAGAGCCAGGCCCGGGCCUUCAGACAGCUGCAGACCCUAAAGGGCUGCCUCAUGGGACAGCUGGACACUCUACCUCCAGCACACACCAGCUCCCUGAGAUCAAGCAAGCCCCCUCGAGGCCUGCCCUGGUGGUGUGUCCUAGUGGGCUGGCUCCUGGUGGCCGCCACCAGCGGUGUGGCAGCCUUCUUCACCAAGCUAUAUGGCUUGCAUUACGGGAGGACCAGCUCCCUCAAGUGGCUCAUCUCCAUGGCCAUCUCCUUUGUAGAGAGUGUGUUUGUCACCCAGCCCCUGAAGGUGCUGGGGUUUGCUGCCUUCUUUGCACUGGUCUUAAAGAGCAUGGAGGACGAAGAGGAACCUAUGGCCUCUCUCCUGGAACACUUGUCCAGCCCAGACCCCUCUGCCCUGUUCCGAGUACGAAGAAACAGCAGAAAGGAUGUCUACCAGCCGCCUCUGGCUGCCAACAUUGAGAAGAUGAAAACCACCCACCUCAAGGAACAGAAAGCGUCGGCUCUAAUCAGAGAAAUCUUGGCAUACCUGGGCUUCCUGUGGAUGCUGCUGCUGGUGGCCUAUGGACAGAGGGAACCCAGUGCCUACCACUUCAACAGACACCUUAAGCAUAGCUUCACCCAAGGCUUUUCAGUUGUCCUGAGUCUCCAGGAGUUCUUCAUGUGGGAAAACACUACCCUUGUAAAAAACCUGUAUAGUCAUCACCCAGCUCUGCAACCGUUAACCAAGACUGCUAGGGGAAUCAGUUUCAGUGAGACAGCCAAAGCUGACACUGCCCUUGGCUACAUCAUUGCCUUCCUGGUACUGCUGUCCACAGUGAAACUUUGGCAUCUGCUCAGGCUAAACCCCAAAAUGAACAUGAUCACAUCAGCUCUACACCGUGCCUGGGGAGACAUUUCCAGCUUUGCUAUCAUCAUCCUUAUCAUGCUCCUGGCUUACUCCAUUGCGUCAAACUUGAUAUUCGGUUGGAAACUCCAUUCCUACAAAACCCUCUUUGAUGCAGCAGAAACGAUGAUCAGCCUUCAGCUUGGAAUCUUCAACUAUGAGGAGGUCCUGGACCACAGCCCAGUGCUCGGCUCCUUCCUAAUUGGGUCCUGCAUUGUUUUCAUGGCAUUUAUUGUGCUGAAUCUAUUUAUCUCUGUCAUCCUGGUAGCCUUCAAUGAAGAGCAAAAAUACUAUCAGCUGUCGGAGGAAGGAGAGAUUGUCGAUUUGCUGCUGAUGAAAAUACUCAGUUUCCUGGGCGUUAAAUGUAAAAGACAGGAGCCUGAAAACUGCAGUGAGCAGCCCAAGUUGCUGUCAGAGGCCCAGUCCCCUCAACCUGCACAAGCUGCGCUCCAGGUUUAA